AUGUGUUCGUGUGUUUCGUUGGCAAUUAUCGACUUGGAAAUGUAUAACUUCGGAUUGUAUAUAGUACUUCUUUGUAUUGUAGGCACCAUGUUAGCCUGUGCACUUUGUAUAGCAAAUCCGCAAGCGUGUCCAAAUCCCGAAUGGUACACAAGAUUCUGUUUUCACCUCCAUGAAAUGUAUCCCGUACCAGAGGAUGGGACUUCGAGUCCAAAAAUGACUGGUCUUCGAGCACGAAUGCAACAACAUACGCAGAGUAUGAUAGGACAGUCCGAGGAUUCUCAACGCUUACCCUUAAGCGAGAUAGCAUUGAGUAAACACCUACUUCAAUUCCACAUUGAGGCUUUGGUCAUGCACACACACACAGAGAAACACCAGAUUGCGACCACAUCCUGGCUACAUAGCAGGCAAGAAUCCCGUGCCACCGUUGCGAUGCUCGCUCCUGCCGUUCACAUCAUGCAUCAGGUAUGGAAAGGUAUGGCCUGGGUUGCGGAAGGUAUCGAAGACGAAGAGGAAGAAAACCAUGCGUAUGAUAAAAUGGAACAGGGGCCUUCUUGCGAAUUUUCCGGUAACGUUGCAUUCAAACGAUUGUCAACUAUCGCUGAGACUAGUUCAAAUCCUCGAGAAAUUGAACCUGUGGAGGAGAUCAGUAGCGAAAUCAACUCCAGGAACGAUGUCACUCUUUAG